GAUAGGCCUAGAAAGUCCCCAAAGAAGAAGAAGGUAAAGAUAAAGGACAAUGGCUUUAAAACCAGUAGUAAAACAAAGAUGGCUACAAAGGACAGAGGGACUUCAAUGGAUACAGUAGACAAGAAUGUGAUAAAGCAACAAGACCAGAGGAGUGUGACUGAAAUAGCUCUGGCUUUAGUCGAGGAAGUCAUUGCUGCUGCUGUUGAGUUUAUCCAAGAUUCUCAAAGUCCCAUAAAAAAAGUCAAGUGGCUCACUCAUGGUGAAUUCACAGCAGAAAGAUGCCGGAGACAAAUUCAUAAAUAUGUCUCAAGUUGGGAGAGUGAAGACCGCUGGGUAUGCUGCACAACUCUUGUUAGGAGGGACGACAUAGUUCACAGCUUCCGCUAUAUCUACUGUGUGCGCUGGAGCGUCCCUACUGCUCUGAAGCCCAUGCCACGGGUCAGUGCCGCGGCCUUCUUCAUUGUCAAGGUGAACAAGAGAAAACCUCCGGAAAUGCCUAUUGAUGUCAAAUAUUUCCUUGAGGGCCAAGCAUUAAUUCAAAGACCCGGAACAAUUCGCUUCCGAGAACACUGGCUGAGAGAAAUUAUUGAGACCAAGCAUCAGUUAAUGGAAUCAUUUCCCAUCUAAUUCAACAUGUUUAAGGAUUGUGCCUGUAAUCCAAAUACAU